GCUGGGCACUUCCGGGAACCGGAGGACUCUGGGAUAGCGGAGGACUGACUUCCGCAGACAUGGCUGUCAAGUCCCUGGAAAAUCUCCAGAUAACCCUUAACCACAGGUUCCCUGGUCGUGCGCGGCGGGUUCUUAAGAUUGGGAGCCCUCUCUCCUUCGCCCAGGGUACAUCCCCCACCGGCGCCGUAGUGUCUCUGGAGAGCCCGGGCGCCCCAGAGAGCGGUAACCCCGGCAGUGUCUCAAUGGAUGGGCAGUAAGCCCGCUGGCCCCGAAGCCAACAUGCAACCCGCUCGCUGGAUCCCCUUGGUCUGGGGCAGCCUGUGUCCCCCUGCCAUCGGGAGUGAAAUGACCCCAGCUGCGUGCCUCUAGCUCUCCCUGUGUUAACUGCCUGCGCCUUGACAGCCCAGCUGCGCAAAGCUGAGGGAUUAGUUGGGACCUGCCUUGGUGACCCCAUGGCAUCCCCACGAACCGUGACUAUCGUGGCCCUCUCAGCGGCCCUGGGACUCUUCUUUGUUUUCAUGGGGACCAUCAAGUUGACCCCCAGACUCAGCAAGGAUGCCUACAGUGAGAUGAAACGUGCUUACAAGAGCUAUGUUCGAGCCCUUCCUCUGCUGAAGAAAAUGGGCAUCAAUUCCAUUCUCCUUCGGAAAAGUAUAGGUGCCCUUGAAGUGGCCUGUGGCAUUGUCAUGACCCUGGUACCCGGUCGUCCCAAAGAUGUGGGAGCUCAAAUUGCCAUCUUUUGA